AUGGAUGCUGGAUUGGCUGGGGUGCUUGUCACCCUCCUCCUCCUCCUCUCCAUCCUGUGGUUCCUGGUCUGGAGAACCAAUAAGAAGAGAAGCUGCCUGCCUCCUGGACCGGCCCCGAGGCCCAUUCUGGGCAACCUGUGGCAAAAGGACGUCCUGCCACUCUACAAGACCUAUGAGAAGCUCAGCAGCACCUAUGGCCCCAUCUUCACCAUCUGGCGGGGGCAGAAGCCGGUGGUGGUGCUCUGUGGGUACGAGGUGGUGAAGGAUGCUCUGCUAGGCCACUAUGAGGAGUUUGGAGGAAGACCUGAAAUACCUCUUCUGUUGAGUCUAUCGAAAGACUACGGUUUUAUCUCCAACGAUGAGAAGAAGUGGCGGGAACUGCGGAGGUUCACGGUCAGCACCCUGCGGGACUUUGGGAUGGGGAAGAGCUCCAUGUCGCAGCGGGUGCAGCAAGAGGCCCAGCACCUGGUGAAACUGCUGUCAGAACUCAAAGGAAAUGCGUUUGAGCCGAUGACAAUGUUCAGACGUGCAGCUGCCAAUGUGAUCUGCUCUGUUGUCUUUGGGACCCAUUACAGCUACAGUGACAUGGACUUUCUGGAGCUACUGAACAUGAUCGGGAAUUACGUCAGCUUCUUCCUCUCUCCCGUUGCUAUGGUCUACAACACCUUCCCCAACAUCAUACAUCACCUCCCAGGGCCACACAAGAAACACCUGGCCAACUGUGAGAAGCUGAAAGACUACAUCCGUGAAAGAGUCAAGCAUCACAAGCUGACACUGGAUCCCAGCUGCCCCCGGGACUACAUCGACUGUUUCCUUUUGAAAGCAGAGAAGGAGAAGAACAGCCCAGAGAACAUGUACAGCAAGGAGGACUUGGUCAUGUCAGUAUUUGAUAUCUUUGGUGCUGGGACAACAACUACUAGCAACUCCCUGGUCUUCUUCCUCUUGGUUCUGACAAAAUACCCCCAUAUUCAAGCCAAGGUCCAAGAGGAGAUCGAUGAGGUGGUGGGCACCAGCCGUGCUCCCAGCACAGAGGACAAGCUGAGGAUGCCGUACACCAACGCGGUGAUCCACGAGCUGCAGCGCUUCCACAAAAGCCGCAUUGAGAACUUCCCACGGAUGACGACGCAGGAUGUUGUGUUCAGGGGCUACACCAUCCCCAAGGGCACAACUGUUAUUCCAGUACUUUCUUCCGUGCACACGGAUCCAACCCAGUGGGAGAACCCCAAAGAAUUCGACCCAGGCCACUUCUUGGAUGAGAAUGGCAAGUUCAGGAAGCGCGACGCCUUCCUGGCUUUCUCAGCAGGGAAGCGGAUGUGCCCAGGAGAGGCACUGGCCCGCAUGGAGAUCUUCCUUCUCCUCACCACGCUGCUGCAGAGCUUCACCUUCCAGCUCGCUGUCGACUACAAGGAGACAAAUUUGUUCUCCCUAUGGCUUGAGAUAGAGAGGAGGGCAAUACCAGCCAAGUUCUUCGCUAUUCAGCGCCGGGUGUCUUCUUAA